AUGGUAAACACUAAAUGGAGAAAUCAAACGUCCAUCACAGAAUUCAUCCUACUGGGAUUCGGGAGUCUCCAGGAACUGCAGACCCCUCUCUUCCUGCUGUUCCUGAUGAUCUACAUUGUGACUAUGGCUGGGAACAUCCUCAUCAUUGCAUUAAUUGUGACUGAUCAGAAUCUUCACACCCCCAUGUACUUCUUUUUGGGGAAUUUGUCCUGCUUGGAGACCUGCUACACCUCCACCAUCCUGCCUAGGAUGCUGGCCGGUCUCCUGACAAGGGACAGAACCAUCUCUAUUGCUGGCUGUUUUGUACAAUAUUAUUUCUUUGGUUGCCUUGCAGGUUCAGAAUGUUAUCUCCUAGCAGCAAUGUCCUAUGAUCGGUAUUUAGCAAUAUGUAAACCUUUGCAUUAUACAAUGAUGAUGAAUGGCAGAUUUUGCUUACUUCUCAUUACUGUCUCCUGGAUAAUCUGCUUUGUAAUUAAUUCCAUAAUUAUAUUUUUGCUGUCCCAUUUGAUUUUCUGUGGCCCCAAUGAAAUUGACCAUUUCUUUUGUGAUUUGACCCCGUUGAUAAAUGUUUCCUGCAGUGACACUGAACGGAUAGAACUUCUGGCUUUCAUACUGUCCUCCCUAAUAGCACUGGGCCCUUUUCUAUUAACCCUGACUUCCUACAUGUGCAUCAUCGCCACUAUCGUGAGAAUCCCUUCCGCAUCCAGGAGGCACAAGGCAUUUUCCACCUGCUCCUCUCACCUUAUUGUGGUGACCAUCUUCUAUGGGACCCUGAUUCUUGUUUAUCUGUUACCAAAAACCCACACACUGAGAGACCUAAAUAAACUAUUCUCACUUUUCUACACUGUCCUGACUCCCCUGGCCAAUCCACUCAUCUACAGCCUGAGAAACAAGGAAGUUAGCAAGGCUUUAAGCAAAGGUGUUAGAGAAUUUACUGAUUUCUUUGGAAGGCAGACACUCCAUUACUGCUUUAGAUUAAAAUAA